ACACACACACACACACACACACACACCGCUGCUGUGUUGUGCGGUAUGAUUGUUGUAGGAAGUCUCGUUUUUUUUCCCUCUCUUUUUUCAGUGUUAGAGCCGGGCUAUUCAAACCUGCAGCUCUAAGUAAACAAUGCAGAUCUCUCUCUGUUUCUCCCUGUGUUUCUCUGUGUUUCUGCUACAUUGUUCCCAGAGCGCUGUAGCUCAGCCCCGUCCUCCUGCAGAAAUAUGGCGCCUUCUCCUUAUAAAAUAACACAGGCUGCCAUUUUUGUUUUCCUUUUGUCUGAAUUUUUUAAUAAAACUGUCUGAGAAUGUGGGAGAGGCUUCAGCCAGCCGAGAGAGAGAGAGAGAGAGAGAGAGAGAGAGAGAGAGAGGGGCCAAGAGAGGGAGAAAUAGAGAGGAAGAAACAGAGAGAGAGAGAGAGGGAGAAAUAGAGAGGGAGAAACAGAGAGAGAGAGAGAGAGAAACAGAGAGGGAUAAACAGAGAGAGAGAUAGACAGAGGGGGCUAAAAGAGAGAGAAAGAGAAAUAGAGAGAGUGAGAAACAGAAAGAGAGAGAGAGAGAGAGAGAGAGAAAGAAAGAUAGAAGAGGUGAGAAAAAAACAGUAAUAGUCAUAAAAAGAGAAAGUAAAAAACAGAGAUAGUGGAAGAAAGAAAAAUAGAAAAAGAGAGAGAGAGCAAAGAGAAAACAGAGUAAGAGAAGAGAGAGGGAGAGAGAAACAGAGAGUAAGAGUAGGAAAAAGACAAGGAGAAAGAGAAACAGUAAUAGAGCAAGCGAGAGAGAGAAACAGAGUAAUAGAGAGGGAUGGAGAAAUAGAGGGAGAGAUAGAGUAAGAGGGUAAAAGUGAGAGAGGGAGAAAGUGUGAAAGAUACAACGAGAGUGUAAGAGAAACACAGGAACGCAGACAGAGAAAGAGAAUAUAAAAGAGGAGAGAGACAUAAACAGAGAAAGAGAGAGAGAAAGCUACGUGGCUAUUUUUGCCUGUUGGUUCUGGAUCAGUAAACGCUCCAUUGUUUUAUAGCGAGUUCUCACCUUUUAAAAACAGAAAACGAAACGCCUUUCAUCGGGCAUGGCUUCAAAGGGCGCCGCGAGAAUAAAAGAAAAAACAUGGCUGAGCCACGUUUUAAUAACCCAUACUUUUGGCCUCCACCUCCUACGAUGCCUGGCCAGCUGGAUAAUCUUGUCCUAAUCAACAAGAUCAAAGAGCAGCUGAUGGCGGAGAAGAUCAGACCUCCACACCUGCCUUCGACUUCAGUCCCUUCCCAGCAGCCCCUGCUUGUGCCCCCCACGCCUUCAGAAGGUGGUCAGCACAGCAUGCCCAAGCUGCAGCAGAUGCCAGGCCUCCAUCCUCACAGCCCAACACAGCCCGACAUCGCCCUGCACGCCCGGCCUGCCUCCAGCACCGUCGCAGGACGUAUUCUUGGUGACGUGAACUUGAAUCUGGAUGAUAAGACGGCUAUAAAAGCACGAGGCCUGUGGGAGGACUGGCAUUUACGGCAGAUUAUAGACCAACCAUCUAGAGCGAACCAUCUGUCAGGUAUAGCGCUGGCGUCUCGUAGUGGAAACAGUAACACAUCAGAGGUCGUGACCCCCUCCACCCCCACAUCCAGCAGCAGCCAGGUGAGGCACGGUGCAGCUCCUUCCUCAAACCUCCUCUCAGGUUUGGCCUGCAAUCCAGGGAUGGACGCCAUCAAAACCAGUGGUGGACUGGCGGGACUGCUGGGACCUGCGCCUAAAGGUAUGGGACGGGGACGCAAAAAGAUCAAAGCAGAAAAUACCUCUGGACCUCUGUUAGUGGUGCCCUACCCGAUCCUGGCCUCAGGAGCUGACCAAUCAACGGUAACCAUCACUGCCAAAGAGGGCAAAACAUACAGGUGUAAAGUUUGCCCGCUGACCUUCUUCUCCAAGUCAGACAUGCAGAUUCACUCAAAGUCACACACAGAGGCCAAACCACACAAGUGUCCACACUGCACAAAGUCCUUCGCCAACGCCUCCUACCUGGCCCAGCAUUUACGCAUCCACCUCGGGGUGAAGCCUUAUCACUGCUCCUACUGCGAAAAAUCCUUCCGCCAACUCUCACACUUACAGCAACACACUAGAAUUCAUACAGGGGAUCGGCCUUAUAAAUGUAUCCAGCCUGGCUGUGAUAAAGCCUUCACACAGCUCUCCAAUCUGCAGUCUCAUCAGAGAUCACACAACAAAGACAAGCCAUACAAGUGUUCCCACUGUUACCGAGCGUACUCCGACUCCGCCUCCCUGCAGAUCCACCUAGCAGCUCACGCCAUCAAAAACGCCAAGGCCUACUGCUGCAGCAUGUGCGGCAGAGCGUACACUUCAGAGACGUAUCUGAUGAAGCACAUGUCUAAGCACACAGUAGUUGAGCACCUGGUGAGCCAGCAUUCUCCACCGAGGACGGACUCCCCCAGCAUCCCCAUCCGCAUCUCCCUCAUCUAAACAGCCCCUCUGUCUGACCCUGGUGCUCCGGCACGGGCGUGCGGUCAGUCCCUAACUUCGCCUAAAUCGAACCAAAUCACCUCUGCUGGGCGGUGUGCUCUUCUAACAAAUCAUUCCUUAUUUUCUCGGACACAUUCCGAACGUUACAGACUGCACUCCUAAAGCCUCUUAAAGAAGAAGGCUGAGCGCUUUUAGUGUUUUAUUUCAGUCUCUGUCUUUAACUCGAUACGAGUUGAAGGGAAGAGAGUCUAUUAGGGACAUCCAAAGACAGUUUUGCAGCACUUUCAGGCCAUGUAGUAUUGGCUUUAAAACAUUCAGUCUGUUUGGACAGUAAAGGCAUUACUCUUGGCAGCUAAAUUUUCGGACGCUAGGUGUGACACAGGCUUUUAAAGACUGUCACGUUUACACUCUAUUUUGUCCUGUUAAUAUCUAGUGAUCUUGAACCGAUGCUGAGACAGUAUGUAUUUAGAAAGCUUGGACCAAGUCCAACAAACUUUGUUAAAUUUCUUUGUUAAGUUUUGUAUUCCGUUUCCUGUUUCAGGAAAGGAAAGUCUUCAUCAGAAGGUUUUUCUUCUGGUUAGGAAGCAAACGGUCAUUGUUUUAUACCUUGUAAGGUCUUACUUAAUGUUCAGUUUUUGGACUAUUUUUUGGGUUUGUUCAUUAAAGUAAACUGUUCUUAGUCCUUCAAAACAAUGUGGUAAUUAGUGCCAAAAACCCCGGGCUACAGAACGGCAGAAGAUGCUGGUAUAUCUCAACUCUGGUGUACAUAAACAACACAUCCUCACACUGCCUCAGAUCUCUAAACAUACCCAUAUUCCCUCUAUUCACACGUUAUUUUCAGGGCUACAUUAUGAUGUACCCUCUUUAACAUGCAUACAUACAUACCUACAUCUGUUCCACAUCAGUGUCAGCUCAUUUACUGUUCACUCACAUUCUCCACGUGUACAUAUGUUUCUGUCAGUAUCUCAUGUAUUAUCAUGACUAAGUAUUAAUAAUUGUCAUUAUAUUGUUUUCUAUACAGUCAAGCCUUAACUAUUUUAUCACUAAUUGUUUAUCAUCACGUUUUAUAUCCACGUGUACCAUAUUGUUGUUCUCACUGUACUCAGUACUGUAUGGCUUUUUUAAAUCUGUAGCAUGAAUAUUCUGUAAAUAAACUAUAAAAUACUUAUGUGUUAACCCAUUUAUAUAAAAUGUCUAGUUAUUAUUACAGAUCUGUUUUUUUUUUUAUUAUUAUUUGUCUUGCAUUGUGGUACUCUUGCCUUGGCUGCUAUAUGCAAAGUCAAGAUUUAGAACGGACUUUGUAUGAAUGAGAAAAUAAAUAAAUCAGAAAAGUCU